AAUUGAAAGAUAGUUUGAUAGAAACUUUCAGCGAAACCAAAUCGCUUGAAAAUGUAUACAAGCAGCUCAGAUCACGACAACUUGGAAGAAACGAGUCCAUCACACGGUACGUUCUAGAUAUGCAAGCCUUAGCAUGGGGAACUCCAGUACCAGAAGAAGAUCUGGUAAAUAUCAUCAUCGAUGGAAUCAAUGAUCCUAUCAACACAGCAUCUAUUCGAUUCGCUGCUCGUUCUUUAACUGAUUUGAAGCGACUAUUGAAACGGUACGAGCAAAUCCGCCCUCAACACAUUGCAACACCAUCAUCAUCAGGGACCAUCCGCCAACCAAGUAAUGUGUCAAAAACAUCGGAUAACCAGCAGGCACCCGCUGUAGUGAGAUGCUACAACUGCUCUCAAUUUGGACACUAUCAGAAUUCCUGCCCUAUGCCACGUCGACCACCAGGAUCGUGCUUUAAGUGUCAUCAGGUUGGGCAUGCUGCUCGAAACUGCCCAAUUAAAAUAAUCAUCCCAUCGGCUGCCGCGCAUUAUAAAGAUCAGGGUAAUGAAGAUCAGGGUACAACUUUAGACGAAUUUGAACAGGAAGCCCAGUGAGCUUUAUCGACUCUUCUAUAGUUCCAAAAACUUUGGUUAAACCACCUCUGACAUCAAGAUAUCAGGGUCUCGGAAACCAGAUGCUUGUUGUCUGUGGAGAGGUGUCUUGCAAAAUAAAUCUGCGAAAGGAUGAGGCAGUACAUACAUUUAUCAUCCUCCCUAGCGAUAGUAUUGCCUGGCCUAUGAUUAUUGGUCGUGACCUAUUAAAAAAAUUCAAUAUCUUUCUGUAUAAAAACAAAUCAAAAAUUAAACUUAAUA